AUGGAGAUGAUUUUUGUGAGUGUAGAAGGCCUUUACCGUGACGAUGAAAGGCUUUGCGAUGAGGAGAUCCCUCUCCUCGAGCACCGUGGAACGGCAGCGGUCCGACGGCGUGGGUUUGAACGGAACGGCUUCGGCAAGGGGAUUGAACGACAGAUUGCGGCAAAAGGGUUUGAACGGCGGCUUUGCGGACCGUGCCCUAUGUUGUGUUUUGGUGGAGAAGUGAAUUGGAGGAGAGAGAGGGGAGGGGGGAAGAGGGCGGAGAGGGCGAGAAGGAGGGGAGAGGCAGAUGGCGAAGAGGCGAGAGGGCGAUGGGGGCGGAGGGCGAAGAGGAGUGCGAGAGGGUCUAGAGGGGGGCGAGGGAGGCGAGGAGGGCAAGAGGGAGAGAGGGCGAAAGUGAGGCGCAAGAGGGCGAAGCGGGCGAGAGGGCGAGAGGCGAGAUGGGCGAAUAGUGAGGGGCGAGAGGGCGAGAGGGCGAUGAGGCGAGAGGGCGGAGAAGGGGCAGGGCAGAGGGCGAGAGGGCGAGAGGGCGAGAGGGCAAAGGGCGAGAGUGCGAGAGGACAGAGGGCGAGAGUGCGAGAGUGCGAGAGAGAAAUUG